AUGGCUGGUCCCAACGGCAAAGGCGGUCGCAACCCCAAAAAGAAGAAGAAAAAGAAGACUUCUCCGUCGAAUCGACUCGUUGACGGGGAUUCUUCCGUCCCGCAAAACGCAGUGACUGUGAAUAGUACCAUUCCGACGAAUACGAUCACGACGAACGGUACUUCCGAGGCGGCCACGGACUGGUACCACGCCGCACUCGCUUGCAAAGAACAAGGCAACGCCGUCUUGGCGUCGACCACACCGCUGCACCGGGACCCUACCACUACCAACCACACGAAUCCGAUACAACAAGCGGUAGCGGACUACCAACGAGGCUUGGCGUGCCUGUCCGCCGUGGCCGAUACCCCCGCCGCGGCGACGGAGUGUUGGCGGGAUUUACGCACGCAAUUGCACGGCAACUUGGCCAUUGCCUGGGCCAAGCUUGGUGACUACGAGGCGGUCGAAGCCGCUUGCUCUCUGGUACUGGACAGUCCCACGAGUGCCGCGGAUGUGGCGACCGCCAAACUCUGGUACCGUCGGGGGACGGCGCGGUACGAACGAGGCCGACACGGACCGGAUGACGCUCUCCUACACGCGAGUCACGACGAUUUGCGGCACGCACAAAUUCUACUCGAACAAAUCGACAACAACGCUAGUAAGAGUCACCAUCACAACAAUAGCAACAACACUAUGCAACAGAGCGUACAGAGUGCCAUGCAAAAGACGACACGAGCUUUGGAAGAAUGCGCACGUAUGUGCAACCGAAGUUCCAACUAUUCUUCGAACGGCACUAGCGAAGCGACCGUCGACAUCUCCAUGUCAUUGGCAAACGUUACAGCAGUCCGUCCCGAACGACCCGAUCCGUUGACGCAACGCGACGACGUACGUAAAUUAUUGUUGGCUCGACACUGCGGAUUCGCUCAGCAGCAGCAGCCUCCAUCAUACGGAAACGGCCACGGUCACUGCGCGAGCGAAACAGUCGAAUCCACUGCAGGAGAAGCACUCUUUUUGAUAGAUUGGGACUGGUGGUGUGACUGGUGUUACCACGUCGGCCUUUACGCCACCAACGCUCCACAAAUACAAUACUACAUGGUGCAGGGUGCCGUCUUGCCGGAUGAAGAAGAGGACCGCGAUAUGGAUCAGUCCGACGCGCCUCCCGGUCCCAUUGACAAUACCGCACUCUUCCUCUUGGCACCCCAAGUAUGGCACGCCAAGAAAACUCUUUCUACCGCCCAACACUUUUACAAAACCUGGUAUCUUUCCUACACAACCACGCAUGGCCAUACCACCACUGUAGACGAUAUUGUGCCACCACUCCAACCCCACCUGGUCCGCGGCUAUCACUACGAAUUAUUACCCCGGGAAGUUUACGCCGCGUUGCGUUUGUGGUACGGGGAACUGACACCCAGCAUUUGUCGUCGCGUAUCGGUGUCCCGUCACGUGCCCACGGUACACCUCCAUCCCCAAUCACCAACACUACAACCAGCGACCGGACCAACGUCGUCUUUCUGUUCCGCUUGUUACCGAGCGGGGGCGACCAUGCGUUGCAAACGGUGCAUGUCCGUUUACUACUGUCAGCGCUCGUGUCAAGAAUCGCACUGGCAAUUUCAUAAAGCUCCCUGCAAGCGGUUGGCAGCCACCAACACGGAGGAGACCGUAGGAUCGCCCGUCUUACCGCCGCCAUCGUACGGUCGCGUUGGUUUACAUAAUCUGGGCAAUACUUGUUUCAUGAAUUCCGCCUUGCAAUGUUUGAGUCACGCGACGCCACUGACUCGGUCCUUUCUGUCUAACCUGUACUUGAUCGACGUUAACGUUGACAAUCCCUUGGGGAGCGGUGGGAACCUCGCACACGCCUACGGCGCGGUCUUGAAGGAUCUGUGGAUGAAAUCUAACACGACUUCUCUCAGUCCCACCGCGCUGAAACGAGCAAUCGCCAUGUUCGCCCCGCGUUUUGCCGGAUGCCUGCAACACGACGCACAAGAAUUCCUGGCCUAUUUGUUGGACGGCUUGCACGAAGAUUUGAACCGGGUGCGACAAAAACCGUACGUGGAAAUGCCCGACAUUACUCAAGGGCAAAACAUGGCCGUCGCCGGUGCACGGGCUUGGGAGGCCUUGCGCCGGAGGGAUGAUUCGCUCGUCAUGGAUACCUUUUACGGACAGUUUCGAUCAACCUGUGUCUGUCCACGAUGCCAACGAGUGUCCGUCUCCUUUGACGCUUUUAAUCACGUGAGCUUGCAAAUCCCGACAUCGGUAAACGCAACAAUCUCCGUCGGGGUAUUUGUUAUGGGGGAAAGUGGACGUUGGACAAGAUACGGGGUCAGCCUACCUAGGACCGCCACCACCGCGACUUUGCGAUUGCACUUGACAGAAUUGUGCGGUGGGAAAGAUUUGGCGCGGCUGGUUCUUUUGGAAGUAUUCCACAAUGCCAUUGUUCGUGUCGUAGACGAAACGAAAUCUGUGGGGCAGUUGCAUCCCAACACCGUCCUGGCCGCUUUUGACGUGGAUCCUCUGACGGGCAAUGCUGAUCCAACCUUUCACGUGUGUGCCAGCCACAAGCUACUCCCGGAGGAUGGGGACAACAAUUUGGACCAGCCAGAGCUGUUUGGCUUUCCCUUUAUGAUUUCCUUCUCGGGGAAAACGACGUGUCGGCAAGCCUGGGAACAUCUUUGGUCUAAGGUGCAACAUUUGGUGGCGCACGGAAGCGACGAACCCGACUCGAGUGCCCGCGAUUUACUGCAAAUUCAUCUGCACGAUCACCGGAACCAGCGCCUACCCGUGUUCCCAGUGGCCAAUCUCGAUGUCACCUUGGCGGAGAUGGACAAUGCAAUGGACACCGAAUGCACGUCCGCUCUCCCUCGAGAUUCGGACCUCAGGCUUAUCGACCUUCUGGGCCCCAAAUCCACUGACAACUACAUAUUUUUCUGGCUGGAAUGGCAAGAGAGCCCAGACGUUGUUUUAGGAAGUGUCCCAGGAGAAAAAGGAUUGGAAUCCAGGAUUGAUGAAGAACGAUUUCUAGCUUUUGAAAGUGAUGCGAGCUGGUUGUUAUGCCAGAAGAGGCAGAGAGCACAAAGUUUGGCAAAAGGAGUGACGUUAGACGAGUGUUUCGAAACCUUCAUUCAGCCUGAACGUUUGGAUGACAACAAUAUGUGGUACUGCUCGAAUUGCAAGGAUCACGUUCGAGCCAUGAAGACUAUGGAACUCUGGCGGUUGCCAAAUGUUCUGGUCGUGCACUUGAAGCGCUUCGAGUUCCGCAAUGUGCUGCGGCGAGACAAAUUAGAAACUCUGGUCGAUUUCCCCCUGGAUGGGCUGGACAUGAGCAAGCAUUGCGGGUCGUAUUCGUCCAGGUCGUUUGAAGACGAACACGUUCCGGCCACUUACGAUUUAUUUGCCGUGACGAAUCACUUCGGACGAAUGGGAUUUGGCCAUUACACCGCAUUUGCCCGACGAUGGGACGAAGAGGGCAUCCAUAACGAGCACUGGGCACUCUUUGACGAUUCAAGCGUACAGGAGGUCACCGAUGAGAGGAAUAUAGUGUCAUCCGCAGCAUGGUGGAUCUUUUGCGAAGGGAAUUAA